AACCCUUAUAAUAAUUUAGUUUGGCUAAAAGACUUCUAUGUUUAGUGACUUUAUGUUUAACUUUUAGGUGGAGAGGCUGGAAACAAAAGUGGUAAAUCUAAUGAAAUUAUAUGGAACCUUAAAAAAAGACAAAAGGGCAGAAUCCAAUGUUCAGAAAGCUUCAGUUGAUGCAGCACGUACCACUCAGCAGCUGGAGGAGGUCAUUGAUAAUUUCCAGCUGCAGAAGAUCAAGGACAUACAGAUAACAAAGAAAUUUCCAGUGGAGACUGGGGAGAAGAGAGAAACAGCGGUGAAGCAAGAAAGUAGGCUGCAGAGCUUCAGGAACCUAUAGACAUGCGUCAGCUAGUGUGACAUCACUUCACUGCAGAUUUUUGGUUGGUUGCUUCUACAAGACAGACUACAAGGCGGUGGGCUAAGACAUGUGACCUACUGCUCUGAAAAAAAUCAACCUUUCUGUAUCAGUGUUAUCAACAAGCUAGGAAUUUUAUGCUCUGUUAAUAUUGGUAGUGGUUUAACUGUUGCUGAAAUCAAUCACACAUAUUUACAUAUAUACACAUUUUGGAAACAGAAAGAGGGACAAAAAGAUUUGCCACUUUUAGCACCCAUUUUU